AUGGCAUCAGAAAAGGCUGCUUCUACUGCUAAUCAACGUGAGGACUCACUUGCAUUAGUCCUUGAUGAACAGCCUCAACCUCUUGCUGUUGUUGCCCCAAUAGUUUCCUCCUACAAUGAGAAAAUUCGCCCUGUUCUUGAUGCUGUUGAAAACCUGAGGCGUCUCAACAUUGCUAAGGAGGGAAUAAAACUUCCCACAAUUGUUGUUGUUGGUGACCAAUCUUCAGGGAAGUCCAGUGGUGCCUUUGAUUAUGAGACUACAAAACCACCCUCUUCCAAAGCCAGAACUUAUUUUGGAGUUCAAUGGCAAAACCUAUCAUCAAUCGCUGAUGCUAUGACUACUUUCAUGCAUAUUGUUGGGUUGUCUAAAGAUUCUCUGAGAAAGAUUCUUCUAACAGGAGAUUUUGGGGAGUUUUCUGAAGAGAAAGACAAGCAUAUGCAUUGCACUGCUCGCUUGGUGGAAAUGCUUGACUCUUGCGCAAGUGAUCUUCACAAUUGCCCUGCAAGUGAUCCUACCAAGGAUUUUCUGAUGGAAGAGAUAAAGGUGCUGGAGGAAGCCAAGUUGAUUGGUCUACCAAACUUUAUGCCGAGAUCUGCUUUUCUUACUAUACUCCAGAGGAAAGUAACUGCGAUUGCAGAUAAACCAAUUGAUUUUGUUGAAAAAGUAUGGGACUAUCUAGAAACUGUCGUGAUUUCUGUUCUAAUGCUUCAUUCGGGAAACUAUUAUCAGCUUCAGGUUUCAACAAGAAGAGCAGGGAAGAAAGUUAUUGCUAAGAAGAAGGAAAAUUCAAUCAAACAUGUGCUGGAAGCUAUAGAAAUGGAGAAGCACACGGAUUACACUUGUAAUCCUGAGUACUCGCAGGAAUAUGAUAAGCUGAUAUCCCGUCGAGAUUCUUUUUUGAAUCAAGUAUUGGACACUACUAAAAAUCUGUCGUCAAUAGUAUGGCUUGAAGGUGUCGGGGUAAUUGAUGUUGGUUAUUUGAGGGAUCACCCCAACAUUCUAAGUCAAGCCUUUGAUUUGAAGGUGAGAAUGAUAGCUUAUUGGAAGAUUGUGCAGAGGAGGCUGAUUGACUGUAUGGCAUUGCAUUUAAGGAUGAGUAUCAAAGACCUUGUUGACCAUGAGCUGGAAAAUGAGAUUUGCGAUGAUUUCAUGUCUCCAAAGGACGGUGGGAUUGAGAGGCUGUUGGAGGAGUCUCCAUCUAUUUCUGGGAAGAGAGAAAAGCUGAACAGAAGUGUGAAAGUCCUCAGGCAAAGCAAGGAGACUGUGGCAAAUAUCCUGGACAGAAUUGGAAGUUAUGGUGAUAAUUCGUAGUGAUGUUCCCAUGUUCUUGGUGGUGUCCUGGCCUAUAAUCCAGCUAUUCUGUCGUUUUGGAAGUAUUAGCAGUUUGAGGGUCUCCAUUUUUUUUGUUUGGUUUAUGUAUUUUGAAGGUUGUUUUCAUGUUUCUUCUUUUGACCGUGUUAUGAUCAAAACGUGUUUCGGUCAUUUUUAGGUCUACCGGCCAUUUUUAGGUCUUGGUAGUUUGAUAGUUUCCUUUUUUGUUCUUGUUCUGUUGAUGUUGUUUUGUAUGAUUGACAGUUCUGUUAAUUGAAUCGUGUUGGUUAUGUUGAA